AAGGGUCCGUGUCGCGCGCCACUGUGGGAUCCUGGAAUUCAUCCCCGGCCGGUGCUGCUCGGCCGCAAGCGCAAGCCGUAUAAAAGCCUGCACGCGAGAACUACAGGAGCGCAGACUGAUGCAGACGCGGGAGUGGAACGAGUCUGUCUGUACUCUGUGUUUGUCGCUUUCUGCAGAGGGACGAGAAGGUGACUGUGAACUAUCAGGCGUGCAGUCUGAUAGCGGUGACCCUGUGACCCCGUGACCCUGUGACCCUGUGACCCCGUGACCUUGGAAAGCAGCAUGAAGGUGAUAGUGCUGGUGUUCUCCUCCUGCCUGGCCUGGGUGUGCCUGGGGAAGCCGCCGUUUCCUGAGCAGGAGAAGAAUCCGGCCUUCUGGAACUCCAUGGCCCAGCACACGCUGACAGACGCACUGAGUCUGCAGGAGCUCAACCAGAACAUCGCCAAAAACCUCAUCCUCUUUCUCGGAGACGGGAUGGGAAUUCCCACGGUUACGGCAGCUCGAAUCCUGAAAGGCCAGCUGAACGGGCACAACGGGGAAGAGACGAAGCUGGAGAUGGAUAAGUUUCCCUACGUAGCGCUCUCUAAGACGUACAACACGGACGCCCAGGUGGCGGACAGCGCCGGGACGGCCACGGCGUACCUGUGCGGCGUGAAGGCCAACGAGGGGACGGUGGGCGUGAGCGCCACCGCCGUCCGGUCCCAGUGCAACACCACCUUCGGGAACGAGGUCACCUCCAUCCUCAAAUGGGCCAAAGACGCAGGCAAGUCGGUGGGCAUCGUCACCACCACCCGAGUCAACCACGCCACGCCCAGCGCCGCCUACGCCCACUGCGUGGACCGUGAUUGGUUCUCAGACGCAGAGAUGCCCGCCGAGGCGGUUCAGGCCGGCUGCAAGGACAUCGCCCGGCAACUGAUGGAGAACAUCCCGAACAUAGACGUAAUCAUGGGGGGCGGGAGGAAGUACAUGUACCCGAAGAACACGUCAGACGUGGAGUACCCCGGGGAGCGCAAGCACAUGGGCACCCGCAAGGAUGGCAGGAACCUGGUGAAAGAGUGGACGGAACGCGUGAAGAAUCAGAGAGGCCAAUAUGUGUGGAAUCGGAAAGAGCUCUUAGCUUUAAACCCAAACAAUGUGGAUUACUUACUGGGUCUUUUUGAGCCCGGCGACCUGACGUACGACCUGGAGAGGAACCGCGAGACGGAGCCGUCGCUGACCGAGAUGGUGGACGUGGCCAUCAAGAUCCUGCGGAGGAACUCCAACGGGUUCUACCUGCUCGUCGAGGGGGGCCGGAUCGACCACGGGCACCACGAGGGCAAAGCCAAGCAGGCCCUCCACGAGGCGGUGGAGAUGGACCGGGCCGUCGGCCGGGCGGCGCUCCUGACCAGCCUGUACGACACGCUGACCGUCGUCACCGCGGACCACUCCCACGUCUUCAACUUCGGCGGCUACACGCCGCGCGGGAACUCCAUCUUCGGCCUGGCCCCCAUGCUGAGCGACAUCGACCAGAAGCCCUUCACCUCCAUCCUGUACGGGAACGGGCCGGGGUACAAGAUGGUGAACGGCGCGAGGGAGAACGUCUCCACCGUGAACUACACUCAGAAUAAUUACCAGGCCCAGUCGGCGGUGCCGCUGCGGAUGGAGACCCACGGCGGGGAGGACGUGGCGGUGUUCUCCAAGGGCCCGAUGGCCCACCUGCUGCACGGGGUCAAAGAGCAGAACUACAUCCCCCACGUCAUGGCCUACGCGGCCUGCAUCGGCCAGAACACCCGCCACUGCCUGUCUCCCGGCAAAAACGGCGCCCCCAGCAUCCCCUCCGCCCUGCCCAGCCUGGGGCUGCUCCUCGUACUCACCCACCUGCUCUGCUGACACCCCUCCCCCCCCCCCUCCAAAAAAAAAAA